AUAAAUGAUAGAAAACUACGGAAUUAAUGUUUUGAUGAGGUAAAUAUGACAAAAAAAGAUAUUCAUUUAAUUGGAAACAAUUAUCUAGCACUUCUCUGAGCGAAUAUUUAUUAGUGCAAUAUUUAUUCUCAUUUUGAUGUUAACUUGUCUCCAAACCAUUGAUGUGCAAACUUGAUUCUAUGAUUCGUUUCGAAGUGUGAAAGUUUGACUGCAUCAAAAUGUCUUUUUUUAUGGAACCUGGAUUUGAUUACACCAUAACAAUACCUGAUCCAAACGGUGAUUACUCAAAAAAUAAGGAAGACUGUGAUUUCAAAUUCCCAUUUGACGAGAAAAAGAAACCUGUGAUAAUUUUAUUUGGUUGGGCAGGAUGUAUAGAUAAGCAUCUUCAAAUAUAUUCACAAAUCUAUGAAGCCAAAGGGUUCAUGACUAUAAGAUUCAUAGUUUCAACAAAAUCAAUGUUUCUGUCGAAGCAAGACAUAAUUCCCAUAUCAGAGAAAAUGGUGAGAGUUAUUGAGGAUCUGAACAUCGUUAAUCAGCCUAUUUUUAUACAUUGUUGCUCCAAUGGUGGAUCAUACAUAUAUCAGCAUUUUGCGGAAGCAAUGAAGUCAAGUAAAAAGCAGUUUAGAAUACGGGGUAUGAUUUUCGACUCAGCGCCAUCUAGAACCUCUACAACAUCUCUUGCAGCAAUAAGAAGAAUGGUUAAUCAAAGUAAAUAUUUCAAUUUGGUAGUCGCUUUGUUUUUUCAAGCAUUAUGUUUUAUUCUAUGGUUUAGUGAGUUGAUUGGGAAUGUUAUCUUCAGGAGAAACAUAAUACAGUUCGAGCCAAUGAAAUAUCUGCUAGAAGAAGAAAAUAAAUUCCCUCAACAUUUCAUUUAUUCAAAGAAUGAUAAAGUUAUUCCUUAUCAGGAUGUGGAAUUUUUCAUCAAUAAGAGGAAAUCCAUUGGAGUUGAAGUUUCAAUCAAGUGUUAUACAGAUACAGAACAUGUCAGACAUUAUCCUAUGAAGAAGUAUACUUACACUCAGAGCAUCUUUAAUUUCAUCAGCCAUUGUCUAGAUUUAGAAUCAAGUAUGGUAUGAGGAAGUAUUGAACUUCGAAUGACAAUAAACAUAUAAGAGAAAAAAUAAAUUUCCUAGAAUUAAUAGCAUUAAUUAUUAUUUAUACCGAUGCUAAGUACUUAUGCAUGAAUCUUUCACUAAUAAUAUGCAUUAUAAUUAUCUGUGUGA